AUGUGGAGACGAGUGAAUGCUUUAACUGGCAAACGAAGACAAACAGGGAGAACAAUUCAGAGAAACGACGGCACAUAUACCAAUGACCCACUGGAAAUUGCUAAUUUAUUGGGGGACUACUUUGCGGAGCUUUCCGGCAGCAAAUCCUAUUCAGAGGAGUUUCUAAAAAUCAAGACAAACAAAGAAUUGAACCCAAUCGUGUUCGAAAAGGAACAGGAAGGACAGACGUCAUACUACAACCAAAAUUUUUCCAUGGAUGAAUUACUUUACGCCAUCUCAAGCUCCAAAGGAAAAUCCACCGGACAUGAUAAUGUCGCGUAUCCGAUGCUUCACAACCUACCAGUACCUGGUAAAGCUGCAUUAUUGCGAUCAAUUAACGACACAUGGCAACGUGGUAUCUACCCGGACAAAUGGCGCAAAAGCAUCACUAUCCCGAUACCGAAACAAGGUAAAAAUUCAGGCGGUCCCGCUGAUUUUCGACCGAUUAGCUUAACAAGCUGCCUUGGCAAAGUUGUUGAAAGAAUGGUCAAUCGAAGACUAGUCUGCCUACUCGAAGAAAAAGAACUACUAGACCACAGUCAGUUCGGAUUCCGGAAAGGACGUGGAACGGGCACGUACCUAAUGGCCCUCGGUGACAUCAUCGACCGUGCCCUUACCGAUAAUUUGCAUAUUGACGUAGCCACCCUUGAUUUAUCGAAAGCAUACAACUGUACCUGGCGACAUUCAAUUCUUAGUCAAUUAAAAGACUGGGGUAUCAAAGGUAACAUGGGACAUUUUAUUCAAGGCUUUCUAAGCGAAAGGCGCUUCCAAGUUGCCAUUGGAGACUCACUGUCAUCAUUAAAACAAGAGAUUAACGGAGUCCCACAAGGAUCAGUCCUAGCUGUCACACUAUUUCUAAUCCAGAUGAAUGGAGUUUUCGAAGACCUACCAAGUGGCAUUUACAUAUUAGUGUACGCUGAAGACAUUAUCUUAAUCGCAACAGGCCCUAACGCAACCAGAGUACGUAUCAAAAUACAGACAGCAAUCAAAAGAGUAGCUAACUGGGCCAAAAAGGUUGGGUUCAGUAUGGCAAUCGAGAAAUGCGCCGUUACCCAUAUUUGUCACCAUCAUCACAACCCUUGGGGAAGACAAGUAGUCGUAAAUAACGUAGUAGUCCCAUUGAAAAAAACAAUUAAAAUCAUAGGCGUCACGAUUGAUCGUCAUUUCGAUUUUAAGGCACAUUUCGCGAAUGUAAAAAAAGAAGCACAAUCACGCAGCAGACUUGUACGCACCAUUAGCCGACGACAUCAACAGGGAAAUAGAAACUCACUGCUAUUGGUUGGAAACAGCAUACUCACCAGUAAACUGCUAUAUGGAAUCGAAAUAACAGCUAAAUCCUACAAUGACAUGAUAAAAAUUCUUAGUCCAGAAUAUAACAAAAUGAUAAGGAAUUGCUCUGGAUUACUACCAAGUACACCAGCAAUCAGCAGCUGCAUUGAAGCAGGGACCUACCCGUUUGAAGCAGUAGUAGCACAAUCCAUCCUUAAUAGAGUAAUCGGAUAUUUAGAGAGGACAACUGGCGACUAUGACCCUACAGCAGCCACUAUAAGACCUGUUCUUGAUCGAUACCCCGCGAUAAAAGUUCCCCCGAUUCCUCAAUUACAUCGAGUAGGGGAUCGUAGAUGGGACAAAAAAGGCCCGAAAAUCGAUCUUUCCAACCAAAAACACCUCCGUGCAGGAGACCCACCCAGUAAAGCCCAAGCGGUAUUUCAAGAAUUAAUCAGAAAUAAUUACCCAUAUCAUCAACAAAUCUUCACCGACGGCCCAAAAACAAAUGAUACGGUUGGAAUAGGCAUAUCAAGUAACACCAUUUCCGCAUCCCAUCAACUACCAAACGCUUGCUCAAUUUUUUCAGCGGAAGCGGCGGCCAUUCAUGCAGCCAUAACGGGCCCAGAGCGAAACGAAAAUGAGCCAACCAUCAUCCUCUCCGACUCAGCCAGUGUGUUGAUGGCUUUAGAAAAAGGAUCCUCUCGACAUCCUUGGAUACAAGCAAUCGAAGAAGCAUGCACAGCUAAUAUAACUAUAUGCUGGAUUCCAGGACACACGGGCAUCAGCGGCAACGAUGAGGCAGAUAAAUUAGCGAAUUUAGGCAGACACGCUUCAUUGCUAACAACAGAGGUCCCAGGCAUGGAUAUUAAAAAUGAUUUCCGGAACAAAAUCAAAUCCGCAACAGCUGAAAAUUGGCGAACGGAACAAAAUCAAUUCCUUAGAAAAAUCAAAGGUGAUACAGAAAAAUGGACUGACCGACCCUCACGCAGAGAACAACAGAUUCUUUCCCGGCUUCGAACAGGACAUACAUUGCUUACACACGGAGGGCUAUAUGAAAGCGGCCGCAGAAACAAAUGCGACACUUGCAAAUACCCACUAACAGUCGAACACAUCUUGGUGAAUUGUCCGGUUUAUCAGGAACUACGAGCAACACAUCAGAUCGAAUAUUCAAUAAGAGAUGCCCUCUCCAAUGACCCAGUUAAAGAACAACAAACAUUUAAUUUUCUACGAGAUGCCGAAAUCUACGAUCUCGUAUAA